UAGUGCUGCUCUGUGUAUUGUGUGCAAUUUACAGCCAGCGUCUAUAGAGACAAAUCCAGCAGUGCUCACUGGUGAUCCUUAUUAUUGGUUUGGUCGCCACCGAGUUCUGAGUCAUGAAAAUCGCUGUUAUUGGGCAGAGCAUUUUUGGGAGAGAGGUUUACAAGGAGCUGCGGAAGGAAGGGCACCAGGUGGUUGGAGUAUUCACCAUCCCUGAUAAAGAUGGGAAGGCAGAUCCGCUUGGUGUGGAAGCGGAGAAGGAUGGGGUUCCUGUAUUUAAGUUCUCCCGCUGGAGGGUGAAGGGUCAGGUGAUUCCAGAGGUUGUUGAGAAGUACAAAGCGCUGGAGGCGGAGCUGAAUGUCCUUCCCUUCUGCUCUCAGUUUAUUCCCAUGGAAGUGAUUGACUGUCCCAAACUCGGCUCCAUCUGCUACCAUCCCUCCAUCCUACCACGGCACCGGGGGGCGUCUGCUAUCAACUGGACUCUAAUACAGGGUGACAAGAUUGGUGGCUUCACCAUCUUCUGGGCUGAUGAUGGACUGGAUACAGGGGAGAUUCUGCUGCAGAAGCAGUGCGAGGUUCUGCCAGAUGACACUGUGAACUCCAUAUACAACAGGUUCCUCUUCCCUGAGGGUGUAAAGGGCAUGGUGGAAGCUGUGAAGCAAAUUACUCUUGGAACAGCACCCAGAAUCCCUCAGUCAGUGGAAGGAGCCACCUACGAUCCCAUACAGAAGAAAGAGAAUGCAAAGAUUAACUGGGACCAGCCAGCUGAGGCGAUUCAUAACUUUAUCAGAGGAAAUGAUAAGGUCCCUGGGGCGUGGACUGAGAUCAACGGAGAGAAAGUGACGUUUUUCGGAUCCACAUUCACAAGCAACGGCCCUGCUCCUGAAGGAGAAGAUCUGGAGAUCCCUGGCUCAUCACAACCAGCCGUGGUCACAAAGACUGGACUUGUUUUUUAUGGGAACGAUGGAAAAACUCUUAUGGUGAAGAACAUCCAGUUUGCAGACGGGAAGAUGAUUCCAGCCUCCCAGUACUACAGAUCCUCAGACAGUGCCACACUGCAGCUAUCAGAAGACGAGAAGGCAGCAUCCCAGGAAAUGAAGGCUGUCUGGCAGAGGAUUCUCCCUAAUGUUCCAGUGAUUGACGACGCUACAGAUUUCUUUAAGGCAGGCGCAGCAUCUAUGGACGUGGUGAGACUGGUAGAAGAGGUGAAGCUGAAGUGCAAUGGUCUGCAGCUGCAGAAUGAAGAGGUCUACAUGGCUACGAAAUUUGGAGACUUUAUACAGAUGUUAGUGAGGAAGCUGAGAGGGGAGGAUGGGGCAGAGGAGGUCGCCAUUAAUUACGUUCAGAAAGAUGUAAACAACAUGACAAUCAGGAUUCCUCAUCAGCUGUUCAUCAAUGGCCAAUUCACAGAUGCAGAAGGUGGCAAAACAUAUGAAACCAUAAACCCCACAGAUGGGACAGCUAUCUGCCAAGUGUCCCUGGCACAGGUAUCUGAUAUAGACAAGGCCGCUGAUGCAGCCAAGGAGGCCUUUGAAAAUGGAGAGUGGGGGAAAAUGAACGCAAGAGACAGAGGACGCCUAUUGUAUAGGUUGGCAGAUCUCAUGGAGGAACAUCAAGAGGAAUUGGCUACUAUCGAAUCCAUAGACUCAGGGGCUGUGUAUACCUUGGCUCUGAAAACUCAUGUUGGGAUGUCGAUACAAACCUUCCGAUACUUUGCAGGCUGGUGUGAUAAAAUCCAGGGUUCCACCAUCCCGAUUAACCAGGCACGUCCAAACCGCAACCUGACAUUUACCAGGAGAGAGCCCAUAGGUGUCUGCGGGAUUGUCAUCCCAUGGAAUUACCCACUGAUGAUGCUGGCAUGGAAAACUGCUGCGUGCCUUGCAGCUGGUAACACUGUGGUGCUGAAGCCGGCGCAGGUGACCCCACUAACUGCUCUCAAGUUUGCAGAACUGACACUGAAAGCCAAGAUUCCAAAAGGAGUGAUCAACAUUCUUCCGGGUGCUGGCUCUCUCAUCGGUCAGAGGCUCUCAGAUCACCCUGACGUCAGGAAAGUGGGAUUUACCGGAUCUACUCCUAUAGGCAAACAGAUCAUGAAGAGCUGUGCUGUGAGCAAUGUAAAGAAAGUGUCCCUAGAGCUGGGGGGAAAAUCUCCUUUGAUCAUCUUCAAUGACUGUGAACUAGACAAGGCUAUACGCAUGGGGAUGAGUGCUGUGUUCUUUAACAAGGGGGAGAACUGCAUUGCUGCUGGACGUCUAUUCCUAGAGGAAUCUAUCCACGAUGAGUUUGUGCAGAGAGUGAUGGAUGAAGUAAAGAAAAUGAAGAUUGGGGAUCCUUUAGAUCGCUCUACAGACCAUGGACCACAAAAUCACAAAGCACAUUUGAAUAAACUGAUUGAAUACUGCCAAACGGGAGUGCAAGAGGGGGCAACACUUGUAUAUGGGGGACGUCAGCUUCCCAGGCCAGGAUUUUUCUUUGAGCCAACGAUCUUCACCAAUGUAAAAGAUGAGAUGUUUAUUGCUAAAGAAGAAUCCUUUGGUCCAGUCAUGAUCAUCUCCAAAUUUAAAGAUGGUGAUGUUGAUGGAGUUCUGAAGCGAGCCAAUGACACAGAGUUUGGACUGGCAUCUGGUGUAUUUACCAAGGACAUCAGCAAAGCGUUGUACGUCAGUGAGAAGCUACAGGCAGGAACGGUUUUUGUAAACACCUAUAACAAGACGGAUGUGGCUGCUCCCUUUGGGGGUUUCAAGCAAUCUGGAUUUGGGAAAGACUUGGGUGAAGAAGCUCUGAAUGAAUAUCUGAAAACCAAAACUGUCACUAUUGAGUACUAGAGACAACGGCAGAGCAAAGCACAAAACCUAUUUGUAUUAUAAUUACUCAAAGAAACAUCAGAGGGGCUGUGUACACUGAAUACACGCGUAUACAUCAUCAGCCAUCUCCUGGGACGCUGGCAAGAUGGCUCUGCAGCGUACACAGAUUUACGGGGAAAUUAUUCUGGUCAAUAUAUUGGGAGGUGUCACGUGGAGACCUAAUAGUUUGUAGACACAGCUAUGGAAACACUUAGGGUUGUUGUAAACUGAUAACUCUGCAGGUUUAAUAGCAGAGCAGUCACUAGACUGAUUAUUACUAAAUGGAACUGAACACAUCUACACAAAUGUCUAGAUGCGCUGCACAGUGAAUUCAUCAUGACAAUAGUGACACUUCCUCACAGAGCAACUCGAUGACCUGCAAGUCUCAUAUGCAGACGUAGGUUUUGUAUAGAUGACAUCAAUAAUACAAUCAUUUUUAAAUAAAAAACAUUUUUAAGAAAACU